CGGACGUAAAGCGCCGAGCUGUGACACGAAGAAGGAGUUUGUGUUCUUACUCGGUAGAAAAUGGCUCAAGGCUCAAAGAAAUUUAAGGCUCAGCGUCCUGGAGGGUCCAAGAAACACCAACAAAACAAACAAAAAGGACCGAAGAAAGGAGGGAGGAUUAUUGCACCUAAGAAGGCUCAAGUAGUUCAACAACAGAAGCUAAAGAAGGGCCUGGAGGUUGCCAUCAGGAACAAGAUUGAGCAGGAAGUGACCCAGAAGGCCAGCUCCUCCCUCCACAAGCCCCUGGCUGUGGUUAAAGGUGCUGAGGGGAAAGCAAAGCCCGCCGCUGCCCGCCCUGGAACCAGCUCCAAAUAGGAACUACCACCUCUGGUCUCACUUUAAUGGAUCCUCUGCUGGGGCUGGAGAGAAUUUAUUCAAACAGAGUUUGCUGUUUUAUGUUCAGCGAGGUUCUGUCCCCCUUCAGUCACUUUACUGUUUUUGUACAAUUAAAAAAAAGGUGAGAUAAA